AGAUCUCAGACUGUUCGACUGUGGCUGAACUUGACGCAAUGGCCAACUCUGACGGGACCUGCGCCGCAGUUGCGCACGUCUACAGGGGAACUUUUGUCCACUCGACCCAGCAAACGCCGCUGGAGAUACUGGAAGAUGCGCUCCUGGGAGUGGACGCGCAGGGAAAGAUUGCUUUCCUUGCAGAAGGCAAGGACUUAGAAAAGCUGGCACAGCUCUUCGGAUUCAGUCCAUCUGCAGUGGAUCAACUGAAACAACAUGAGUUCUUCAUGCCAGGAAUGGUUGACACUCACAUCCAUGCAGCCCAGUACAGCUACUGCGGCACAGCUCUAGACAUGCCCUUACUGCAGUGGCUUGAUACCUACACCUUUCCUGUGGAGUCACGCUUCAAGGACUUGAAGUUUGCCAAAAAUGUCUACACUCAUGUGGUGAAAAGGACCCUGAGAAACGGAACAACCACUGCGUGUUACUUCGCCACCAUACAUACAGAUGCCUCUCUGCUGUUGGGAAAGAUUGCAAAUGAGUUUGGACAACGUGCCUUGGUGGGCAAGGUGUGUAUGGACAGGAAUGAUGCUGUGGAACAUUACAAAGAGCACUUUGACGAGUCCCAUGAGGAAACGUGUCGAUUCAUCAAAGAGCUCUUGAACAAAAAGUACCCACUAGUGAAGCCAGUGGUGACUCCCCGCUUUGCUCCAUCCUGCACAGAAGCCUUGCUUAGUCGGUUGGGAGCUAUUGCAAAGAAUAACAACCUGCAUAUUCAGAGUCAUAUCAGUGAAAACAUCGAGGAAGUGCAGCUCGUGAAGGCGCUGUUUCCCGAAUCCAAGUCUUACACGGACGUCUAUCACAAAAACAACCUGCUCACUGACAAGACAGUAAUGGCCCAUGGCUGCCACCUCACUGAUGAAGAGCUGGAUCUGUUCAGAGAGACUGGGGCCUCUGUGUCUCACUGUCCCAAUUCCAACUUUUCGUUGUGCAGUGGAAUUUUAAAUGUCAGCAAUGUCCUGAAACAUAAAGUGAAGUUGGGGCUGGGAACAGAUGUGGCGGGGGGGUAUUCUGCUUCCAUGCUUGAUGCUGUGAGGAGAGCUCUGGACGCGUCCAAAGUCUUGAACAUCCAGAACCCGAAAAACAAAGCACUCACCUUUGAGGAAGUGUUCAGAUUGGCCACACUAGGAGGCAGCCAAGCCUUGUCCCUGGACAACCAAACAGGCAAUUUUGAAGUUGGCAAAGACUUUGAUGCCCUGAGAGUGAAUGUAGCUGCUCCUGACGGACCCAUUGACCUGAUCCAAAAUGAGGGGCCAAAGGCUCUUUUGGAGAAGUUCUUGAAUUUGGGGGACGACCGCAACAUAGUAGAGGUGUUCGUGGCCGGGAAGAAGGUGGUGCCACUCCCAACAGCAGAGUAGAGUGCCUUCCAAAGAUCUCUGAUCCUGCAAACCAAAUGGAUAUCUGAAAAAAAGAACAAAUGCAGCUCAGUUUUUUUUUUUUUUUUUUUUUCAAAUGUAAAUCCCUUGUGGCUGUGUGACCUGGUUAACUGCGCAGCUGCAGUUAAAUAAGAAAGAAACCAGUCAUCAAGGGAAGCAUUUGAAAUCUAGAAGAUACAACAGUGAGGGUCAGACAAGACUGAGGUCAGCUGAGCUUGAGUUCAGUCUGUAGCAAGAUAAUUUGGGGACUUUUAAAAAGGGAAUAAAGAACUUAUUAAAUGCUGUGAAAUGCCUUUUCCAGAUAUGUGUAGCCAAAAGUUUGCCAGUAUUUUUUUGUUUUUGCCUUCUUCUCGCACCCCAGCUUUUACUGAUUAACAAGCCAUAUUUUAUCUCUUCUUCAGAUUUUUGUUUUUGUUUGUUUAAUAAAGCAGGGUUCGGACUGUG